UUUAUUUCUUUGGGAAUAGAGACAGAUUUGACACAUUUUAAUCCUGAAGGUAUACACUCGGUUGAUCGUGGAAAGCUAAAGCAGUGUUUUUCCGAGAGAAACGUGUAUUUCCGGGCGGGUAACUUGAAUCGCUUUUGGAGUCUUGAAUAUUUUAUAAACACGAAUGCAGCUCAGAUAUAGAUUAUGUCUCUGCUUCAUGCUAUUGAUGAAGCCAUCAAAAUGUGCAAAGCUGAAGAGUCAAGACUGACAGAAAACAUCAGACAGUCCAAGGACCUUUUACGCUCAAUGAGAACCUGUGUGACGGACAUCAGUGGGUUGGAUCAUGCAGCUGCCAUCAGUACCAAAGACGAUGUUGCACCUAAAGAACAACACGAAAUCGAACUGCUGGAUAAAGUUUUAAAGAUAGCCCUGAAGAUUCGCAGCGCGUCUGAAGGUCAUAAGGAACUUUGCUCUGACGGUGACAUCAAAACGCUUCCUAAUGACAGCAGAAACAAAUCAGUCAUUAAUCAUAAAGACGAAAAUAAAAGAAAACCCGCUCAACGUGUGCGAUCAACUGGAAGCAGUGUUAAUUCUGGAGGGAUAUUUACACGGCCGGUUUCAGUUCAGAAAGCUGGUAUGGCUUUCGCAGGAAAGCAGUCGGCUCAGAAGAAGAUCUCUUCCACAGGAUCCCAGCAAACGAUCUGUGUUGAAACCACUAAUGCUAAAGAGCCACUGACAGAUCAGUCAAUGAAGGUGUCCUGCCAGCGUCUUUGUGAAGAUGUGCCUGUGUCCACAACAGGAACUUCACAAUCUAAUGAACAAUGGAUACAGUCUCCUUUAUUACCAGUUUGGCGAUCACAAAGAACUAAACAGAUCAGGUUGUGCAAUAAAGUACUAACUCAUCAGUCCAAGUCUGUACCAGAGAGAGAUCAUUUUACUGAGAGACUCCGCUCAACUUUUUCAUCAGAAUGGCCAUCUGGAUGUCCUGCAGAUAUCAAAGCAAAGCUGGACGUACUCACGCGGCGUUGUCUGGACCUGACGCACUGCGUUCAUGCCGAACUGAGCCGGCGUACUGAUCAGGGCUGCCCAGCGGGAUCACAGCCAGGUUCGUCGGGUGAGAAAUGGUUUGAGUCUUCACUGAUGCUUCAAGGUCUGGAGAAGAUGACUGAAGAACUACUAGCAUGUACUGAUGGUCUGAAGAAAGACUGGGAGAUGUGGAACAAGUGUCAGUCGGAAACUCUUUGUCCUGUCCGGAGAAAAGGGGAAUGGGGUGAUCCAGACUGUCCUUGUCUGCCGCCCGUCCUGUCUUACACCAGUGAAACUGAACUGAGACAACUGGAAACCCAAAGACUUCAAGUGGAACAACUACAGCAGGCUGUCAGCCUUCAACAGGCAAUGUCUGAUAAUCUUGCAUCAUACUGGACCAUGAUGGAUUCUGGUCCGGAGCGGCCCAGUGCUGUGGUUUUGCGUGGCCUGUACUCGCUGCUGGCAGAGGGAGGGCUGCAGUUCCCAUCACUGGUUUUGGACUCUGAAUGAGCAAAAAUGACUUUAUUAGGGUAAUACACUUACAAUUCACAGAGCUCCGCAGGAAUAAUAAACCAUAUGCAGAUGACGGAUCCGUUAGUAUUUUCAUGUCGAGUGUAUUCUGUGUGAACCUUUGACUCAAAUGAUUAUCAGUCAUGUGAUUUGAGUAAAUUAUGAGGAAGUGCAGCUGGGCUUUAGAAAUGGGAAUAAAGCUUCCAGCUGAUUACUCUCAUGCGCAAUGAGUCAGGAUUUUAUUUAAUCCGAACACAUUAUCAUUUAUUUGGGUCUCUGCAGAGGUCUUCCUGUUUGAAUUCAACUACUUUGAGCUUCACAAAUCAAACCACUUGAAUACCAAUGCAGUGGUAAUACAUUCAGUGUGAUGCCUGUAGAGAUGUGUUUGUGCCAGCAGAGGGCUGUGUGUUAUUUAUGCUGCUCUGAAUGUGUUACAAGAGAAAUAGAUGCAGAUCAUGGGUUAAGUAAAUUAACUUUAUUUCCCUUGUAGGGUUCAUUUGUUCGCAAUUUAAGGUUAAAAUGCAUCGUUUACUUACUCGCUGUAGUCCAAGUCUUCUGAUGACUUCAGCAAACCAAUUGGAACCAGAUGUUGUUCAUUGCUUUAUCUUUGAUCCGGUUGCAGUUUCACUUGUGUAAGCUCACAAAGAGUUUGGUGUUUAUGGGAGUCACAACAGCUUUCGACAAUCAGAAAAAUUUGUAGUUGUCAACCAAAUUAUAGAUAAAUGGAUUUAGUGUGUACAUAAUUAAACUAAACACAGAGUUCAUUUCCAAACCCACACUCAUAAAAAUAAAGGUUUUAAAAAGAGGCUUCACGGUCAUGGCAUAGGAAAAUCACUUUGGGUUCACCAAAGGACCUUUUAAGUCUAACUUUCUUAAAGGAUUACUCCACUUUCAUAAAAAAAUCCUGAUAAUUUACUCACCCCAUGUCAUCCAAGAUGUUGAUGUCUUUCUUUGUUCAGUUGAGAAGAAAUUCAUUUUUUUUUUAAGAAAACAUUCCAGGAUUUUUUUGUAUGGUGGAGUUUUAAUGCAGCUUUAAAGGGCUCUAAACAAUCCCAACGGAGGCUAGCAAAACCAUCGUCAUUUUCGACAAACAAAUAAAAAAGUACUUUUCUACCACAACUUCUCGUCUUGCACUAGCCAACGCAACCUUACAUAUUACGUAAUCAUGUUCAAAGGUCACACGUUACAUAUUUUUUCAGAAAAUGACGAUCGUUUCGCUAGAUAAGACCCUUAUAAUGGGGCUUUCACACAGGACGCGAUGUGCGCUGCACUAUUUUAAUGGCUCAAUCAAAGUUCAAAAUAGUUUACUUUUGAGCUGUGCUUUGUGACGAUUACACGUGCGGCCAAUAGAAACGGGGCAUCCAAACAAAGCGCAG